UACAUAUAAUACUCUUUAAUGUUCGUAUACAUAUAUAUGGAAUUUGGGUCAAUACAGCUAAGAGUGCUGACGUUUAUAAGGUUUAAAUGAUUGGGGGAAUUGAUUUCAAGUUCAUAGCUGUCAGCCAUUCCGCGUUGUUUUUUCCUAUUUUUGACGAUUUCAUCGUUCUUGUUCUUUUUCCUAGUACAAUUGUCGGCUCCCCAGUUGUUAUCAGAUCUGCAUUUUGUUUUCAUAUUGUUUUCAAUUGAAUUCUUGUGGGUGUUUAGCAUUGUUGCAGAAUUCUGGGAUCUCGAAGUUCAGUUAACCUGUUCGCAAGUUUCCUCUAUACUAUCAUAUAAAUUCUUUCAUUUCGAUACAGUUUUGCUCUCAGAUUUCAUUUCUAUUCUACUUCUCGUAUGUUGGUUUUUGAUCUGUUCUUACACCAACAUAAGGUGUAAAUUAAACAUUCAUCAGGCAGAAUUUUGUUUGUGGUAGGAAAUUUUGAAUGUGAUGAUUAAAAGUUGAAAUUUUGGGGGAAUUUCUGUAAAUUCAAACCGGAGAAGAAAGAGAUUUCCGAUUAUAAGUAUGGGGUCGAGGGUAGAGAGUCACCAACAUCACCCUGAUUAUGUCUCUUUAGCUGCACUGAUGAGCAGAGAAUUGAAAAGUGAAAAAAUGAAGAAUCCAUCUGUGAGAUUCGGAUGUGCAGCUCAAUCCAGAAAAGGCGAAGAUUACUUCAUGAUGAAGACGGAUUGUCAGGGACUUGAUGAAAACCCUUCUUCGACUUUCUCUGUUUUUGGGAUUUUUGAUGGUCACAAUGGGGACGCUGCAGCAAUAUAUUCGAAAGAUCAUCUUUUUAGUCACGUCUUGGACGCCAUACCUCGUGGUCUUGGACGCCAUGAAUGGCUUCAGGCUUUACCUAGAGCUUUGGUGGCAGGUUUCGUAAAAACGGAUAAGCAAUUUCAAAGCAAAGGUCUAACAUCAGGAACAACUGCUACCUUCGUGAUUAUCGAUGAAUGGACUGUAACAGUUGCUUCGGUGGGAGACUCUCGUUGCAUUCUUGAUACCCCCGAUGGAGCUGUAUCUGUCUUAACCGUUGACCAUAGGCUUGAAGAAAACACCGAAGAAAGGGAACGUGUAACAGCAAGUGGAGGCGAAGUAGGGAGGCUCAACGUUAUCGGUGGCCCUGAGAUUGGACCCCUUCGUUGCUGGCCAGGUGGGUUAUGUCUUUCUAGAUCCAUCGGCGACAUGGAUGUCGGCGAAUUUAUCGUUCCGAUACCUCACGUGAAGCAAGUGAAGCUUUCGAAUCGUGGUGGAAGGCUUAUAAUCGCUUCAGAUGGUAUUUGGGAUGCUUUAUCGUCGGAAGCAGCCGCCGGAUCAUGCCGCCGUUUGCCGUCUGAACUUGCCGCUAGGCAAGUAGUGAAGGAAGCAUUAAGAACAAGGGGACUAAAAGACGAUACAACGUGCAUAGUUGUCGACAUAAUUCCGCCGGAUAAUUCACUCCCACCACCUUCUCCUCCGCGUAAACCACAGAGCAAGCUCAGAUCGAUGUUGCUCCGAACCAAAUUCCGUGGUUCUGUAACUAAAUUGUCAAAGAAACUGUCGGCUGUAGGAAUCGUAGAGGAACUGUUUGAAGAAGGUUCAGCGAUGCUUGCAGAAAGAUUGGGGAAUGAUGACACGUGUAAUUCAAACACAUCUGGACUGUUCAUGUGUGCGGUGUGUCAAGUUGAUGUAGCUGCAAGCGAAGGUAUAUCAGUUCAUGCAAGCUCAAAACCAUGUCGACAGGGUCCUUUUCUCUGUGUUGAUUGUCGGGAUAAAAAAGAUGCGAUGGAAGGAAAACGACCUAGCGGAAUCAGAGUCAUUUAAUCUCGAAUCUUUUGUUGUUCUACACGAAAAUUCUUUUGUUUUUUCAUUGUUACUUAAUACUUAAUUCUAUAGGCCAUUAUAAGUGCAGAAAUCAUUAAUAAUAAUGUUUAUAAUGAGUUGUAUACCACUAAUUCCAUGUAUUUUUAUUGUUACUAAUUUGACAUAUCAAGUAUUCUUGUAUGAUAUAUUAAAAGGUUUAUUUGUCUAA